UUUGUGUGUGUGUGUGUGUGUGGGUGUGUGUGUGUGUGUGUGUGUGUGUGACUGGCGAUGGAGUCCCACUGGUGAGUGGAGAGGGGGUUGUCGGACGGGACGGAGACAUGUUGGGACAGAGGGUCGGCCACCGCACUGAAGCUAGCUGUAGUAGUAACCAUGGAAACGGCGGGGAAGUCCUUGGCCUGCGUGGUCAUUGUUGUCGCCAUGGUUGCCAGCAAGGUGGUGCCCGAGAGGGGUGCCCGUGAAGAGUUCACGACAUCAGCACAAGAGGAGUUCCUGUCCAGGCUGGACCAGUAUGAGAUCGCCAUCCCGGUCCGAGUGGGACCUGGCGGGGAGACCCUGGAGUCCGAGGAGCCUCACAGGCGCCAACGGCGCAGUACCCCCCCCAACCCCAACCCCAACCCCAACACUAACAGCAGCCGCGGUGAUGCCAGCGAGAGCGGUGUGGAGGACGACGCCGCCGACGCGCAGCUGUACUACCAGCUGGCCACGCAGCACAGCAGCUUCCUCCUGAACCUGACGCUGCAGACGGGGCUGCUGUCGCGCCAGUUCCGCGUGGAGUACUGGAGCCGAGGCCGGCUGGCCUGGAGUCACCCUUACGCACCCAGCUGCCACUACACCGGCCACCUGCAGCAUCAGGACCACUCCAGCCAGGUCGCCCUCAGCAACUGUGAUGGCCUGAGAGGGGUGAUCGUGGCUGGGGGUGAGGAGUUCCUCAUCGAGCCCCUUGGUUCCCCGGAGAACCUCACAAGCAUCGAGGGCCGCGAGGGGCGUCCCCACGUGGUCUACAAGAGGUCGUCGCUGAGACACCAGUACCUGGACCAGUCAUGUGGCGUCAUCGAUGAGAAGCCAGGAAGAUCGCUAGGGUGGUGGCAAGACGCUGAAGAGCUCGGCAAUCAGAUGGCUCGGGUCAGCUUCCGUGGGCAAAGCCGGGUGAGUCGCCACCACGGAGACGCUAGUCGUAUCGACAAGAUGAUGGUCGGUUACCAUGGCCGCAGGGACAUCGAGCAGUACAUCUUGGCCGUGAUGAAUGUUGUUGCCAAACUCUUCCAUGAUUCUAGCCUGGGGAACGCUGUGAAUAUUGUAGUUACUCGGCUCAUCCUGCUGAUGGAGGACCAGCCCACCUUAGAGGUCAACCACCACGCGGGGAAGUCCUUGGACAGCUUCUGUAAGUGGCAGAAGUCCAUACUGCACCGCAACGGCAACGGCAACGCCAUCCCUGAUAACGGCAUCGCACACCACGACACCGCCGUGCUAAUCACGAGGUAUGACAUCUGCAUCUACAAGAACAAGCCAUGUGGGACAUUAGGUCUGGCUCCAGUAGGCGGGAUGUGUGAGCCGGAGCGGAGCUGCAGUAUUAAUGAGGACAUUGGCCUGGCCACCGCCUUCACCAUCGCACACGAGAUAGGACACACGUUUGGGAUGAAUCAAUUUACGGCGUGGGGAACGCGGCGUUCCCCGCGAGAGUCAGAGACGCCGCUGAUGGGUAUUAUCACCAUGAAGACCAACCCCUUCGUGUGGUCUGCCUGCAGCCGCGAUUACAUCACCAACUUCCUCAGCUCAGGCAUGGGCUCGUGCCUAAACAACAUCCCCCCCAAGCAGGAAUUUGUGUACCCGUCCACCGCACCUGGGCAGGUGUACGAUGCGGACGAGCAGUGUCGCUUCCAGUACGGAGUCAAGUCUCGCCAGUGCAAAUACGGGGAGGUGGCAGAGCUGUGGUGUAUGAGUAAGAGCAACCGCUGCAUCACAAGCAGCAUCCCGGCAGCAGAGGGGACCAUUUGCCAGACCAACACCAUUGAGAAAGGGUGGUGCUAUAAGCGCUUGUCGGGAGGAUAUGCGCAGUCGGACCUGCGGGAUGAGUCUCCUCAUCCGUCCGUCAUCAGCAUGACCCUGCGUGGGUACCACCUGGGGGAGAGAAAGCGCUUCAGGUCCUGCAACAUCGAUGAGUGCCCAGCCGGAUCUCAAGACUUCCGUGAGAUCCAGUGCUCUGACUUUGACAACGUGCCUUUCAGAGGGAAAUUCUACACAUGGAAACCCUACAGAGGGGGUGGAGUGAAGUCCUGCUCUCUGAACUGCCUGGCGGAAGGUUAUAACUUCUAUACGGAGAGGGCCUCAGCUUGUUGGAGGGAGUGGGCCAGAGGUUAUGAAGAAGUUGUCCGGAUUCCCAAAGGCUCAGUCUUCAUCCACAUCCAGGAGCUCAACGUCUCUCUCAACUACUUGGUGCUGAAGAGCAAAGGGGACCAGUACUUCAUCAACGGAAAGCUGACCAUCGAUACCCCCCGCCGCUUUGACAUCGCCGGGACGACCUUCCACUACCGGCGACCUGCCGACGAGCCCGAGUCUCUGGAGGCCCCUAAUUAAAACAUCACCCUGAUAGUCAUGGUGCUGGUGAGAGAGGAGAACCCUGGGAUAGUGUACCGCUUCAACCCCCCUGUGAGCCGAGACCUCCUCAGUGGAUACGCUUGGCAUUACACGUCCUGGAGCCGAUGCUCUGAGCUCUGUGCUGGAGGGGCUCAGAUGCAGCAGGUGGUGUGUAAGAAGCAAGCUGACCACUCGGUGGUCUACAGCCACUUCUGCGACAAGAAGAACAAGCCCAGGGACAAGAAGAGGACGUGCAACACUGAGCCCUGCCCCCCAACCUGGUGGACGGGCGAGUGGUCAGAGUGCAGCCGCAGCUGUAACGGAGGGGUGCGCACGCGGGAGAUCCUGUGCAAGAGGAAGGUGUCCGGCACCGAGGAGCGUGUCCAGGGCGACUCCGUCUGCCCCGCGCCGCGACCCCCCCUCACAGAGCCCUGCAACAACCACAGCUGCCCCCCCGAGUGGCUUGCCCUCAACUGGUCCGAGUGUUCUCCCAGCUGUGGUCCAGGGUUCCGGCACCGGGUGGUUCUGUGUAAGAGUGGGGACAGUGGAGACACUCUGCCGGAGUCCGACUGCCCCAAACAGGGCCGCCCGUCCAGCAGGGUGCGCUGCAACCUGCAGCGCUGCCCGCCUCCGCUGUGGGUGCCGGGCCCGUGGGGGGAGUGUUCUGCUAAGUGUGGUUUGGGGCAGCAGAUGCGGUUGGUGAGGUGUCUGACCAACACCGGGCUGCCGUCGUCUGAUUGUCCCGACCUCCAGAGACCGUCCAGCAUGCAGCAGUGUAGGAGCAAGUGUGACCUCGUCCUCUUCAGCCCCACCGACAACCCUGAGGAGUGCAAAGAUGUGAACACAGUGGCAUACUGCCCCCUGGUGCUCAGGUUCAAGUUCUGCAGCCGGCCAUAUUUCAGGCAAAUGUGCUGUAAGACCUGCCAAGGACACUGACCUCCGGUUCCUCCUGGAUCCUCCGGUUCCGCUGGUUCCUCCGGUUCCUCCUGGUUCCUCCGGUUCCUCCUGGUUCCU